AUGAAUGACAAUGAGCACCAAAAGUUGGCAACUUUUGUGCAUGAAAAUAGGUUAGGCAAGAAACCAACAAAGUUUGAACUUUGUACUAUCCUUAAAUGUUGUGCCAAGAAGCGGAACUCCCUUCUUGGGUCGCAAGUCCAUGCCAAGAUUAUCCGUAUCGGUUUAGGUGAUAAUUUGUAUAUAAAUAGCGCGUUAGUUAACGUUUAUUCUAAAUGUGGUGUAAUUUGUGAGGCGAUGAGGGUGUUUGAUGGAAUGGAAGUUCAUGAUGAAGUGUCGUGGACUUCGAUUAUAUGUGGGUUUUCGCAAAAUGGGCAAGGGAGGGAAGCUGUUUGUUUGUUUAAGGAAAUGUUGGUGACGGAUGUUAGACCGAAUUGUCAAACGUAUGUUGGUGUUAUUAGUGGUUGUAGUGAGCAAGAAUCUGUGUUUAAAUGUGGUGAGUUGCUUCAUGGGCAUGUAAUAGUAUUGGGACAUGAAAGGAAUGAUUUUGUAACAAGUUCUCUUAUUGAUUAUUAUUCAAAGUGUGGAAAGAUGGAUAAAGUUGUUAUGUUAUUUGAAGCAUCCGAGAUUAGGGAUGAUGUUCUUUUAAAUACUAUGAUUUCAGCAUAUUCUCUGUUUUGGAUGCUUGUGGGGCGUUGA